GAGAUAACUUGCGACCAAAGCACGCUUCUUUGUCAGUACUUGUUUCCUUCACUGUUACUUUACCAAAAUAAAAAAAAACACCAGUUCGAACUUCCAUGGCGGAAAGGAGAAAUGGCGAAUGAUAUACAGUAAUGGGAUGGGAGCCAAGAAAAGCAUUCAUGCCGGCAACGCCAAGGUAGACUUCAAUGUUGAUUUCACCCACAAACUAUGUGCUGCUUUGAUGCUUCAUCCUUUCAGAAAUGCUAGUGGAGAGAACUCACUUUCACUUAUAAUUGGAAGCCUUUGCGUUAAGCAUCCGAAUUUAUUUGGACAAGGUGAAAAGCUUCAUUUCUUGUGGGAUAAAGGUCUUCGUGAUUCGAACAUCUUGUUUACUUAUCGGAAACCGAAAUCGGAGUGGCUUUUACAGCAUGGCUUCACCAUUCAGCACACUCUGUCUCCGGAGUUGGGAAUUCAUGGAAUCCCUGUUGACAACUUAUCUCGUAUAGUGAGUGGAGGUGUUAAUCUCUCUCGUUUCUCUGCUGGUGUGGAUUUAGUCGAGCCUGCAAAUAACAAUUGGAGCAUUAAAACCAGUGUCAAGUUUGAGCAUGUUCGUCCAGUCAACGACGAUGGCCGCUCUAUUAGUAGAGAUCUUCAUGGAUUACCCGUGACUUGCAGCGGUGGCUACUAUGAUAGUAUGGUUGUAGUCAAACAAGAAUCUCGAUAUGCAGAGGCGAGCGAUCGCACUUUUUCUCAGUUUAGUCUGCAAAUAGAACAGGGAAUUGCUAUUCUUUCGAAGUGGCUGAUCUUCAAUAAGUUCAAGUUUGUUGCAUCGAAGGGAUUAAAGCUGGGACCCGCAUUUCUUCUAACAAGCCUCACGGGAGGGUCCAUCGUAGGAGAUAUAGCUCCUUAUCAAGCCUUUACAAUAGGCGGACAGGGUAGUGUACGUGGCUACGCUGAAGGUGCAGUUGGAUCUGGUCGAUCUUGCCUAAUUGCUAACAGUGAACUCACAUUCUCACUGAACCCAAUGGUAGAUGGUGUUGCUUUCUUGGACUGUGGAUCUGAUAUGGGCACUGGUCGUCUUGUGCCUGGAAAUCCUGGUCUUAGGCAUGGUAAACCAGGGCAUGGACUCGGUGUUGGAUAUGGGGUUCGAUUAAAAUCUCGUGUCGGAUACUUUCAGGUCGAUUAUGCUGUCAAUGCAUUUCAGCAGAGAACUGUGUAUAUCAAGUUUAGCAACAUUUCUUGAUCAACUCUUUGCAAUAUAUAUAUAUAUAUAUACAUCCCUUUCCCACAUAUAUAAAUAUGAUCUGGGAUUUGAUUUUGACAUACUAUUCAUGAAUUAUCAAGAAAUAGAUACACAUUUUGGAAAUCACUGCAGAUUUUGUGAAUCAAAUAGAUACAGAUUUUAUUUUCGUGUUUUCUGAAAAUAUUGACUAAACGCUAUUGUUUAUAGUCAAUAUUAUAUGUAUUAAAUCGACCUCUCGAUGAUGUACCGUUUGUGUGUAAAUUUAAAGCUACUGUCGAUUUUCUUGUUAA